CAGACGAUAGUCAGAAGAGAAGUUUGUCGGUCCUAAUCUUCACAUCAAGACACCUCUUUCAACUGUAUUUUAAAAACGAAAUGCGUGGACGAGGCCGAGGAAGGGGACGAGGGGCACGUGGUGGCCGAAGAAGGGGCGGUGGGCGUGGUGGAGCUCGCCGAAAUAUCCACUCCGACAAUAACGAUCGUCAAACAGCACAGGCUACAAUAUACAACGUUGAAACCGAACCAAAACAGUUCUUCAUAGCAAAUGCCAGUUUUGAUGACCAUUUAACUGCUCAGAAAACCAACAGAGACAGAUAUGCUGCAGCUCUAGCAACUCUACAAGCCACAAGUAUUGUGGUAACUCAAAAUGCUAAAAUACGAGCACUAGCAGCAGCAUGGGCUAGAAAUGAUUAUGAUCUGGCUAAGGCCUUCCUCUUUGAUAGGGAACAGAUGGGGUUAGUGGAGGUGCUGAAAGCUGUUACACUGUUAGAUUCCGGGCGACAGAUCCGAGUCCUGGAAAAACGAGUCAAGAGAAUUGAAUUAUCAGGAACAAAAGUUAAAGGGCAAAAAAUGGGGAUACUAAAGAGAGACAUCGACAAUUUAAAGGCUAUAAAGCCAUCGGUAGGUACAGCGAGCGGUGCACUCUGUAAACAUAUUAGUCAAUGGGUCAAAACCUUCACAACAGAGGAACUACAAUUCUAUGCCUUGCAUCUACCUAAAGACCCCUGGAAGAAAUUAGCUGAUAUCUGCCAUUUCCAUCCAACAAAAGAUUUUGAGGCUCUGCCAUGGUUUUUGCCGUUUUGUUUCGGAGAAAGCGCACCAGAAGACUCAUUAGUAAGAAGAUGUCGAGAUGUAACAGCUGACAAUGUUAAUGAUUUAGUUGCAGAAUUCGACGUUCCAUACAGUCAUAUCAAAACAUUUAAAGAUAAAUUAACAGAAAAAUCAAAAGCCAGAAUUGCCAGUUAUGAACCUAAAAUUGAUACUGUCUUGUGGUGGUAUGAAGAUUUGAUAUGUGACGAAGUUGAUGUAAUAAUUCAACAGAGAAUUCAGGCUAGUGAAGAAAUAAAUCUACCAAAUGGUAAACUACUGGAAAGGCUGUUAACGUUUAAAAUAAUCCGCGAAAACCUGCAGACAACUCGGCGCAGAUAUGGUCAGCCACCAGCACCAAAUACAGAGGCGAACAAAGCUCGAUUUCUUAAAGAUUUGAUUCCCAUAGGAGAGAGGAAGCUCACUUCUAUCAGACUACCAUUGGAAGCUCCUAUCAUAGUAAUUGGUGAUGCUAGUGGUUCAAUGGAGAUAGCUAUUAAAACAAGUACCAUUAUAGCCGGCUUGUUAACAGCUAUUACCUCAGCUAAACUGGUUUUCUUUAACACAGCUAACAGAGAUGCCCCCUACAUGCCAGAAACAAUUGAACAGGUUCUACAACUAGCUGUCGAAACUGUAGCAGGAGGUGGAACCACACCCGCUGCCAGUUUACUACCAUUUUAUGAGAAAAAAGAAGCCAUUAAAACAUUUAUCAUGGUGACAGAUGAAGAAGAAAAUGGAAAAGCAAACAAUAUGAAUUUCUGUGAAUUAUAUACUAAAUAUUAUAAAGAGGUAUAUCCAGCAAAGUUAGUCUUUGUGUCAUUCUUAAGAGGUCAACAUGCUAAAGGUCAAAUGGUGACCCAACUCCAGACAGCAGGGUUUGAUCCUCUACAGUUUAAACUUGAUGGUACUCGCCCUGAUCUAACCAAACUAGACAACUUAUUUGGAUUAUUAUCAUCAGAUUCUCAAACCUUCUCCGAUGAUCUGACAACAUUUGAACAAAAAAUUCAAGCUGAAGGUGUCCAGAAAGUUUUUGAAUUUAUAAAAAAUAAACUAAAUUAACUUUAUUAAUAAAAACGGGUCUACUGCCAGCUUGCCUUUUUACUAUCAUACAAGUUUUAACAUUUGAAAAACGAAACAAAAUUUAUGAAUAUAUAAGCAAGAUUGACUAAAAAAUGAUAUUCAAUUUUAAUAAUCCUUUAUUUAUUUUGUUAUUAUUUAUAAAUGCAAUCCAUAUAAUCAGUUUUUUGUUUUGCUAUAACUUUACUAUUGUUAAUAAAUUUCAUCUUAUGUCAUUGUGUUAUAUCAACCUAUAACUAAUUUGAUUUGUAGAGAAAUAUUAUACAAAUCUUCCCUUAUAAAAAUACACUGUGUGUGUCUGUCUACUAACCUGAAUAUUUGAAAAAAACAGCUGUAAUCAAAAUACCACAAUAACAUGGCUUAGAUUUUUUUUAAAAGAGAUUACAAAUUGACAAACCCAUGUGUAGAUUGACAUCAGGCGUAAUGGAAGAACAAGCAUAAUCUGACUAGUGAAAUAAUUCUGUAUUUUGAUUACAAAUAAAUUGAUAGUUUCUGAAACUACUAAACAAUUACAUAGAUUACAAGAGAUUAGUACGGAGCCCCUAAGGCGCAAUUGUAAACAUAUUUAUUUAUUAUUUCGUUUAAACGAAAUAAUUAAUUCGUUUAAACGAAGAUGGGUUAAUUAUUUCGUUUAAACGAAAUAGACGAAAAAAUUAAUUCGUUUAAACGAAAUAAUAAAUAAAUAUGUUUACAAUUGCGCCUUAGGGGCUCUGUAGAUUAGAUUAUAUAGACCACUAAAUGUCUACAGGAUAAAAAUUAAGGAGCAAUAUUUUCCUGAUUGCCUCUCUGUCUAUAUCUACUCAAUAAUGUGGGUUGAGGUGGAGUUUUAUAUGGUGAAUUACUUGGUGCAAUACCCAUCUUGAUCAAUCUUGAUGAUAGUAGUUCUAAAUGAGGUGGAGUGGCUAUAUCUGCAUCAUAACCAAACUUAGCCUUCA